AAAUUUGUUCAAGUUCAGUCUUUUAUUGACUUGUCAACCCAGCUAAGUCUUCACAAAGAACUGAUGAGAGAAUGGGCAUUAUCAUGGUGUUUUAUUUCAUCCUGCAGCUACCAUGUCCCAUACGAUCAGCAUCACCGUUCGAAGCAGGUGAGACUGGUUGUGAAGAAACAUGUGGGGCUGUUGCUAUUCCUUACCCAUUUGGAAUCAAAACCGGAUGCUAUUACAAUUCAUGGUUUAGAGUAACUUGCAACAAAACUGUUAAUGGGACAAAGCCUUUCAUCACUCGCAUCAAUAUGGAGCUCCUUCAUUCACGUUGGUCAUUCGAAGAUAACGUAGUCACCGUCAACAAUCCAGUGACUUAUCUAAAUUGCGAUGAUAAAGGAAACAAUGGCACUACUACUGCUUCAAGUGUCAACCUACAAGGCAGUCCAUUUUUCUUCUCAAGUGAACACAAUUCAUUCGGAUCAGUAGGUUGCGGUUAUUUGGCCAUGAUUUUUCGCAACAAUCAAACUGAUCCCAUCGCUUUAUGCCUACAACGAGGAUGUGAGGAAGCAGUUUCUUCUAAAUUAGCUGGCUGCCUUGCUACGGUUCCUGAAAACCUCGCUUCCUAUACAACAGCCUUGAGGUCAAUGGCAGAGAUCAUAAGUCCCGAGGAAAAAGAAUUCAGCAAGGGAUGCACAUCUGCUUUCAUGUUUGGUCACUCUACUGAGUUAUCAGAAAUAAGCAUUGAUAUGACGCAUGUUCCGGAAACGCUGGAGUGGAAUCCGGUCAGUUGCGAUUUGGAAGCCUCACUAUGCUCAACACUAGGACGACAUCAUGUAUUUCCUUACAAAACAAGCUGUAAUGAAAGAUGUGGGAAUGUUGAUAUUCCAUUUCCAUUUGGAAUUAAAGCGGGCUGUUACAAGAGUAAAUGGUUCAGAGUAACUUGCAACAAAACUGCUGAUGGUGACAAGCCUUUCGUAAGUAGCAUAAAUAUGCAACUUCUCAGUGUUUCUUUUUACGAAGGCACAGUUCUCGUCAACAAUUCAGUAACUUAUUCCAACUGCCCUGGCAAAGAUCGAGAAAAUAAUGAGGGUAGUGUUAACCUAACAGGCACCCCAUUUUUCUUCUCACAUAUCUUCGACAGCUUCAUGUCUAUAGGUUGCGGCGAUUUGGCUACUUUUCUUCAUAGUCCGACUAAUGAUCAUCGUAUUGGUGGCUGCAAGCUACCUCCUUGUGAGAAUAAUAUGACUUCCAUUUUUAGAUGCGCUGUCAAUAUUCCGUCGGGUCUUAGUUCUUUUGUCGCAAAUAUCACACAGAUUUAUCCUAAUAAUGGCAGCAAGAGAUCAUGCACUUCUGCUUUCAUUGUUGACACACGUUUUCUUGGUUUCCCCGAGUCAAAUUCUGACCACAAUGACACAACAACCAAUCGUAGUUGGACGCAUGUUCCCACAACACUGCAAUGGGGUAAAACAAAACGUGGGCUCUGUGAGUUGGGAGAAAAGGCUGGCACCCUUUGUAGCCCCGAUGGUCGAUAUUGUUGGACAAGCUUGAGCCAAAUGCAUCUAUGUGUUUGUACCUCGGAUUACUAUGAUGAUCACUAUGAUUAUCUUUCCACUGAUGUAUGCCAAGAGAAAGGUGAAUGUGUGGAUACGAAAUAUAAAAAUUGUUUUAUGCUUUGUUUGAAUGCUGAUGGCAACAAUUGUUCGUCAUGUCCUGAUGGAUACAAAUACUCGAAAUUGGAACAUAUGUGCAGGCAUGUUUCGGAUUCAUCUGAGUUUCGAACAAAAAAGUCUAAAAGAUCUCAAAAUUUGCCAGUCAUUAUAGGUUGCAGCACUAGUAUUGGGACAAUAGUUGUGCUAAUUGGUACAUGGCAUAUGCACAAACUAAUAGAGAGAAGAAACAACAUCAAGUUGAAGCAGAAAUACUUUAAAAGAAAUGGAGGCUUACUUCUGCAACAACAAUUGUCCAAUAAUAAAGGUAAUGUUGAGAAAAUAAAGUUGUUUGCUUCAAAGGAACUGGAAAAGGCAACAGAUUAUUAUAACGAGAAUCGAAUCCUUGGUAGAGGCGGCCAAGGAACUGUGUUUAAAGGGAUGUUAACGGAUGGAAGCAUUGUAGCAAUUAAGAAGUCAAAAAUGACAGAGGACAAGAAACUAGAUGAAAAUGAGCUUAAACAGUUCAUUAAUGAGGUGAUGAUUUUAUCACAAAUUAACCAUAGAAAUGUGGUAAAGCUUUUAGGAUGUUGCCUAGAGACAAAAGUGCCAUUGCUGGUUUAUGAGUUCGUCCUCAAUGGAACACUCUCUCAACUCCUACAUGUGCCAAACGAAGAGUUCCCACUGACAUGGGAAAUGCGUUCACGAAUUGCAAUUGAAAUUGCUAACGCAUUAUCUUAUUUGCAUUCAGCUGCUUCUGUUCCUAUUUAUCAUCGAGACAUCAAAUCUAGCAACAUACUUUUAGAUGAUAAAUAUAGAGCAAAAGUGUCUGAUUUUGGAACUUCAAGAUCUGUUGCACUUGAGCAAACUCAUGUAACCACUCGAGUUCAAGGAACUUUCGGAUACUUGGAUCCUGAAUAUUUUCGAUCAAGUCAAUUUACAGAAAAGAGUGAUGUUUAUAGUUUUGGAGUUGUUCUUGUUGAACUUAUAUCAGGACAAAAACCCAUCUCUUCAUGUCAAUCAGAGGAAGUGGUGAGAAGCUUGGCAAACUUUUUUCUACACAAAAUGAAGGAGAAUUCCUUACUCAACAUUGUUGAUCCUCUGGUAAUGAAUGAUAAUGCAGUAGAAGAAAUUGUAGCAGUUGCUAAGCUAGCAAAAAGAUGCUUGAAUCUGAAUGGAAAGAGAAGACCUACAAUGAAACAAGUUGCAUUGGAGCUAGAGCGGAUUAGAUCUUCAGAAGAAGCUAAUUUCAUUCAACAAAUUGCAGAUGAAGAUUCUGACAUGGAUGAAAUGAUUGAAGCUUUGAUUGCUUCCUUUUCAACGUCUGGUUCAUUUCUAAAAGAUAGUGCAAAUUUGUCAAUAGAUGCAUAG